AUGGCUGAAGAAGAACCAGUAAUUGAGAUCUCAAAGAUCUCUGUUUUCACACCAAUCAUAUAUGUGACCGUUAUGAUCACAGCUUUGGUUAUUUUUUCAAUCAACUACAGAAAGAAGAAACUGAACGCUUUAUAUUCAAGAAAACCAUUCUUCAACAGAAACAUACCAAAAGAACUAUAUUUUCAAUUAAGGGAGCAAGAUCCGAAACCAAAUGAGAAGGUGCUGAAGGCCGCUUUAAUGAGAAGAGGUGCUGAAUCAAUCAGAAGAACCAUUAAACUUAAAGAAGUUCAACCAUUCAUUACUGCAUUAUACCAAAAGGGUUCAAUUGGUGAUGAUUUAUGGGAAAGAUAUCAAGCUGCUACUAAACUAGAAGAAUUGGAGGUUCAAGAACUUGUUCAAGAAGCUGAAAAAUACAAAAAAGGCUGGAUCCCAAAAUUUGUUCCAUUAUUACAAGAAAUUUGCUUUAAUGAAGCAUUGAGAAGAAGAUAUAAUGCUAUUGAAGAUAGAAAACUAGCUCUAUUGGAUCAUUGGGGAAUUGAAGUCCAAUCUGAUGGAACACUAGUCCUACCAAAUAGAGAAUAA